ACUAUGAUCAGAACCUGCCACAUUCAACACACAGAAGUGCUUCUGAAGUCUGAUAGAAAGACUAAAUCCACUAUCAGCUCUUUGCACAAACACACUGAGUUGACCAAUUUUACAUCUUUAUGAAAAUGCAGCUUUUGUUGAUUAUUUUAUACAUUGUUUCCAUUGCCUUUCUAUACCUAGAACUAGCUUAUUGUGUCUGUGCCCGUGCUGAAUAUGAGAUAAACAGACAUUGCUGCCCUAUUUGUGCACCUGGUAACCGUGUUUUAUGGCAUUGCACAGUGGACACCAGCACAACUUGUGCACCCUGUAGUACAUCCACGUACACAGAUGAGUCUAAUGGCCUUGAAAUAUGCUUUCCCUGCUCGGCCUGUGAUGCAGGUUUAAGGAUACAGAAGGCCUGUACACGGUUAUCAGAUACAGUUUGUGAGCCACUAGAAGGAUUAUUCUGCAUGAUCCAAGAAAAAGGCAGCUGUAAAUUAGCUGUUAAACAUUCUCAAUGUAAACCUGGAGAAUACAUCCAACAAAGAGGAACAGCAAACACUGAUACUGUAUGUGGUGCAUGCAUUAAUGGCACCUACAAUGAUGGCACUUUCACAGCUUGUCAACCACAUACAUUAUGUCAGAGUAUGGGUCGUAAACAAAUAAAAACAGGAACAAUGUUAUCUGAUGCUAGAUGUGAAGACACUCCAAAUGGUCUUGUUGUUGGAAUCAUAGCUGCUGUUGCGGUCGUUGUUGUUGUUGUUAUAUUGGAAGUCUCAGUAACCAAGUUUGUCAUAUUCAAACACAAGUCAAAGGCUCGUCCAGGGAUAAGGUCUGUCCAGGUCCGAAAUCUUGGUGGAGGGCAUGGACUUGAUGUUACUUAUUACAUUUCAACCACUCAAAGUUAA